UGCUUUUUAGGGUUGCACUCGUGGCAUAUGAAAGUUCCCAGGCUAGGGGUCAAAUUGGAGCUGCAGCUGCUGGCCUAUGCUACAGCCACAGCCACAGCCACAGCAAUUUGGGAUCUGAGCCAUGUCUGAGACCUACAUACAUACACCACACCUCACAGCAACGCCAGAUCUUUAACCCACUGAGCAAGGCCAGGGGUCAAACCAGCAUCCUCAUGAACACUAGUUGGGUUUGCAACCUGCUGAGCCACAAUCAGAACUCCUCAUUAUUUUUAACUGCCAAAUAUUCCAGUGUAUGAUGAUGUAUUUAGUCAUGAAGGACACUUAGAUUGUUUCUGGGGCAUUUUGCUUCUUUUCUGUUGUUUUGUAUUAUAAACAGAAUUGCAUACUUGUGCAAACAUCUUGAUGCACUUUCAAAAAUACUUCCAUAGGAAGCCACUAGAUCAGAAAAUAUGGUCAUUAAAAAAUUUUGAUACGGGAAUCCAACAGUAAUAAGUCAGACAUGAACUCACAUUCUAGUAACAAAUAUUACGAAUCAACGAAAAUAAGAUAAUCAAGAAAAAUAUUAGAAGAAAAUCCACAGGAUAAGGAGUUAGUGACGGGAAGGUGUGAGGUAUUUGAAGUGGUCAGGAAAGGCUAAAACACGCCAAGGAGACAGACUAUCCACAAAAGGAAUGGCAAGCGCAAAGACUCUAGAGGAGAAACGAAUCUGGAGUGUGGAGAAACAGUAAUGAAACCAAUGUGGUUAGAGUGAUAAAAGCAGUACGUCGGAGUGAUAGGAAGGGAUUCUUAAAUCGGGCCUCGAAAGUCAAGCUUCGCAGUUCGGAUUUCGUUCCUAGUUACCCUGGGAGUGACUGUAAAUUCCCCUGUGGUGCAAGGGGUUAAGGAUCCGGCGUUAUCCCAGCUCUGAUGCAGGUCGAAACUGCCGCCGGGUUCUAACCCCGGGGAAAUUCAACAUGCCGCGGGGGCGGCCAAAAAUAAAUAAAAAGGAGGGAAAGGAUCCCCAACGAACAAGGUAAAGAGUGAAAGUACUUACUCGCGGGGUGACCGUGGGCAAGUUCUCGCAUCUCCCUAAGGCUCUUUUCCCCUCUAUGAAUUGGGACACUAAUCUCUACCGCCGCGAGCGAGCUUACCUGUCCUCCAGGACUGAGUCCAUGGGCUCCACCCCGUCCGUGUCCACGUCGCGGAGCCGGUCGGCGAAGGCAAUGGCUUUCUCCAGCCGCGCCACGGCCUCUUGGUUGCCGAAGUCCACAAGCGCUAGUCGCUCCAAAUGUUCCACCAGCUCGGCCGUAAUCCGGCCACUUCCCUGGGGCAAUGAGGAGGGCGUGGGUCAUGGAUGGGGUCUGCUCCGCCUCCCGCCCGGCUUUAGCAAGGACUAGACGCUCCGGCCUUUACCUGAAGAUCCGCCUUGGAGGUGAAGCCCCGGAACGCGCCCGCCGAGGCCCGAAGGCCGAGCCACACAGCCCGCGCCCACAUUUCUCUCCUGCUCGGCCUCCGUAGUGCGUCCUCUCGUAAAGCCGAGCGACGCGCUUAAAAGUGAUGACAUCCGAGAGCGCCGUCACCGCCGCUGUCGCCGACGCCAUGAACAGCGUAGGGGAGGGUUGCACGGACAUGAAGCGCGAGUACGACCAGUGCUUCAAUCGUUGGUUUGCCGAGAAGUUCCUCAAGGGGGAGGGCUCCGGUGACCCGUGCACUGACCUCUUCAAACGCUACCAGCAAUGUGUUCAGAAAGCAAUAAAGGAGAAGGAAAUUCCCAUUGAAGGACUGGAGUUCAUGGGCCAUGGCAAAGAAAAGCCUGAAAGCUCUUCUUGACCUUGACAGUCACCUUGAAAAUGGACUCCUCAAAUCGGGAAAUUGAAGACCCUGGAUUGUGUCAAUUAAAGUGAUGAAGAUAGCGGAUCUAUUUGAUGAGUUUAGGAGGGAGGAGUUUCCUUCCUGAUAUUUUUCUUUCACUUGUAAAAGAUGAUGAGCCAUCACUCUGCUUAGAUUUCUGGCUUUGGCAUCUCACCAGGAACUCGUGUGCUAAAUGAUGGGAUUAUUUGGGAUUAUGGUUGCAAUACCUGUCUGGGAUCAGUUUUAAAUAUAUCUCGUAUGUAAAUGUAGUUAAGAUUGUCGAGAUGAUCAUGGUUUCCUGACCUCUUGAGUUAUGCUGCAAAGAACUUUAUAUAUGUACACCGUACUGGGGUAAUUUUUCAUGGAAGCAACUUGUUAUAAUCUCCUUUCUCUCAGGGAGCUGAUGCUCUGGAAAGGGUUCCCAGGAGUUUUAUUUUUGGUAUAAUAAUUUAACUGAAGAUUGCUGGUGGGCUGGGUUAUCAAAGAAGAAGCCAGCUUUUAACAGUCCCCUGCCUUAAUAAGAGGUGUCAGAUCUCCUGUUAAGAUGUGAAAGCUUCAGAAUGCUGCUGUGAACACCAUUUCAGAGCCCAUGGUAUGGUUCAGGAAUUAAGAUCCUUGGAGAAGCUAUGGAGGGAGAUCCUAAAUCACAAAGCUUUGCUGUUGACAGCUUUCAACUUAAAUCUGUAAAUCUGUGUAUUAAGUCAACCUGUGUAUCAAAAAUGCCAAAAUGCUGCAUCUGGUUAAGUGGAGGAAGAAAAGUUUGCUUUAUCUGCCUUGUUUACUCACCCUGCCCUGUAAUGCCUGUAAUCAUGAAGAUGGAAUAAAUUGUAAUAUUCGUUUCUACCAUCA